CACGAAAGACAUCUGACCACUAAAACCUUGAAACAACUAAAUGUAUCAUUGAAUGUUGUUUGGGUUAUCUGCUGUAUUCUUUUGGAAGAAUAUUAAUUCGUUGCCUUUUUUUUUAUUAUAACAUUAUUUUUACCUUUAAAAGUUGUUAUUUUGCAGAUUAAUUAAUGCCAGAUAUGUCAAUUUUUGAGGAUCCUGGUGCUUUUUUUAGUGAUAAAAAUAAAAAAGCCGAAAAACGUUUAGAACAAAAUCCAUAUGAUGUUGAAGCUUGGAAUCUUAUUUUGCGGGAUGCAUCUCAUCAAAAGAUAGAGGAUGCACGUCCUUAUUAUGAAAAGCUGGUUGCACAGUUUCCUAGUGCAGGAAGAUAUUGGAAGCUAUACAUCGAACACGAGAUGAAAUCUAGGAACUAUGAAAGAGUUGAAAAGUUAUUUACUCGCUGUCUAGUCAAAGUAUUAAAUAUUGAUCUUUGGAGAGUAUAUUUAAGUUAUGUCAAAGAAACUAAAGGUUCUCUGCCAUCUUAUAGGGAAAAAAUGGCACAAGCAUAUGAUUUUGCAUUGGAGAAAAUGGGGAUGGAUAUUAAUUCAUAUCCUAUUUGGAAUGACUAUAUUAAUUUCUUAAAAAAUGUGGAGGCUGUUGGAAGUUAUGCAGAGAAUCAAAGAAUAACUGCUGUUAGAAAAGUUUACCAGCGUGGUAUUAUCAAUCCUAUGAUGAAUAUAGAACAGCUGUGGAAAGAUUAUGUUAAUUAUGAACAAGGUAUUAAUUCUAUUAUUGCUGAUAAAAUGAUACAAGAUAGAAGUAGAGACUACAUGAAUGCUCGAAGAGUUGCCAAGGAAUAUGAAGCUGUUACCCGUGGUUUGAAUCGAAAUGCACCCUCUACUCCACCCCAAGGUCUUCCUGAAGAAAUCAAACAAGUUGAACUAUGGAAGAAAUAUAUUCUUUGGGAAAAAAGCAAUCCUUUACGCACUGAAGAUCAAUCAGUUCUCACUAAAAGAGUUAUGUUUGCUUAUGAACAAUGCCUGUUAUGUCUUGGUCACCACCCAGAUAUAUGGUAUGAGGCUGCUUUGUUUCUUGAGUUGUCUAGCAAACUUUUACAAGAGAAAGGGGACCUUGCUGCUGGCAAAAUGUUUAGUGAAGAAGCUGCAGCUGUUUAUGAUAGGGCGACUGCAACAUUUCUGAAGACUAAUAUGUUGUUACACUUUGCAUAUGCAGAUUUUGAAGAGGGACGAAUGAAAUAUGAUAAAGUUCAUGCUAUUUAUAACAAAUUUAUUGAAAAUCCAGAUAUUGAUCCAACACUUGCUUAUAUACAGUACAUGAAAUUUGCUCGCAGGGCUGAAGGCAUCAAAUCUGCGAGAAAUAUUUUUCGCAAAAUGAGAGAAAAUGAAAAGACAAGAUAUCAUAUAUUUGUUGCUGCUGCAUGGAUGGAGUAUUAUUGUAAUAAGGACAAAAAUAUUGCUUUCAAAAUUUUUGAACUAGGCCUUAAAAAGCAUGGAGAUAAUCCUGAUUAUGUUUUAUCUUACAUAGACUAUCUUUCUCAUUUGAAUGAUGACAAUAAUACAAGGGUACUUUUUGAAAGAGUUCUUUCAUCUGGAAAUUUACCUGCUGAAAGACAAAUUGAAAUAUGGAAUAAAUUUCUGGAGUUUGAAUCAAAUGUGGGAGAUCUAUCAAGCAUACUAAAAGUUGAAAAACGAAGAGCUGCAGUCAUUGAACAGCUCAAAGAAUUUGAAGGCAAAGAAACAGCCUUAUUGGUUGAUCGAUAUAAAUUCAUGGAUUUAUAUCCUUGUACUCCAUCUGAACUGAAAUCUGUUGGUUACAAGGAAAUUGUGAAAAGCCAUGUUUCUAGUUUGCCAACUUCAAUGAUGGUCAUGAAGGACUCUCUUUUAGAUGAUGAUAAAGAUAGAAAGCCUCCUUUUGCAAAACCUGAUGUCUUAAAUAUGAUACCCUAUAAACCUCGCCAAAUAUGCCCUACUAAGGCACACCCUGUUCCUGGUGGCGUGUUUCCCCCUCCUCCAUCUGCAUCAUUUUUAAUGACUUUAUUACCUCCUCCGACAUCAUUUCAAGGUCCUUUUGCUGGCGUUGAUGAUGUGAUGAAAGUAGUCAAAUUGUGGAGACCCCCAGAAAAUGCUCCCCACCCUAUGGAAAAUGGUGUGUCAAAAGAUAUGGAAAAAUACUUUGAGCAUGCCAUUAAAGCCAUUUCUGGGGAAGGCAAAAAAAGAAAAAUUGGUGUUGAUGGUGUUCCUGAAGAUAGCGAUGACGAGGAUGGUGGCAUGGUCCCACCAGUGAAAGAUGUUUAUCGUGCUAGGCAACAAAAGAAAGUGAAGUAAAUAUAAGAAUUAAAAUCACAAUGUGUACAUAAUUUUUCAACAUAGUCAUUUUACAUAUUUGCCUUCAUCGCUCAAAAUUGUCACACCCGGGCAUUCAUUCCAUGUUCAUGUAUAUUGUAUUUGAAUUUUAUUUUGUUUUUCAUGAACCGACAUGUAACCCUUCAUUAACUCAUUUAUAUUGUUUUGUUAUUGUUCUGUAGUUGAAUGUAUGAUACUGAAACAUUUUAUUCAUUUGUAGAAAAGUAGCGGAUUAAAUUUUGUACGUGUAAUAAAUUUUUUAUUCUGAUA